AUGGCUUUCCGAGGUGAGCGUUUUGUCCUAGACCUGGAAGACGAGGGCAAUCCUCCAGAGAAUCCAGUUCCUUCUCCUUUCUCCCUCAUUGGAGAGAUUCAGGAACGAGACCCCGCCCCAGCUGCGCCACCAGCUCCCACGCCCACCGCCUCUUCAACUGGCUUUCCCGCCCACCGACGUCGCAACAAGCCUUCCUCCUUCAAGCAACGACGAUCAGAGCAAGCAGCUCAGGCAGCUGAGCCAGUCCAGUCAAAUGAGACUUCAACACCAACUACCCAAGAUGAAAAGUCUUCGAUCGCGGCCGAGAACAGCAGGCACUUGGCAUCCAUGUCGGAUGCGCAGAUUCAGCGCGAACGAGAAGAACUGAUGGCUUCAAUAGACCCGAGUCUAUUAGAACGCUUUCUCCGACGGGCCAAAAUCGACGAGGAUGAUCAGAUGGGCCAGGAAUUAGAAAAGCCAGUGGCAGAGCCAAUGCCAACUGAAUCGGCGCCAUCAAAGUCGAAGAAAGCCGUUUCGUUCGAUAUCCCGGCUCCUGCCGUGGAGCCAACGCCCAAGGAUCCAGAACCGACUCCCAAACCGCAGAAGACAUCUCCAAAGCGCCCAACCAACGAUGAUCUCCCUCCCUCCAAAAUUCCAGAAGAUCUUCACCCGGCAUCUGAACGCCCAUCCCUAGACCCGGCUAUGAUCGAAACCUUCCACUUCCCACAACCAAAGCAACCGAUGCCAACACUCGACCCCAACGACCCCAAAUUUCUCGCAGACAUGCAAUCCCACUACUUUCCCGAAAUGGCUCACGACCCCUCUGGGCUCUCGUGGCUCAAACCGCCUUCCGCCGACGAGGAGGACCCGGACUCUACAUCUCCUUAUCAUCCUGCCAGCAGCGCCGUCUCUAUCUCUCCCUCUGCCAUUCGAUUCUCACUGCGUGGAACCCUUAUCUCCCCCAAUACCUCUCUUUCUCUCCCGACUACCCUUGGUCUCCAUCAUCACGGCGAAGAUCCACAUGCAGCGGGGUAUACUAUCCCAGAACUGGCGAUCCUAUCGCGCUCGACGUUCCCUGCUCAACGUUGUGUUGCAUGGCAAGUUAUAGGCCGAAUCCUGUUCCGUCUUGGUCGUGCGGAAUUCGGGGAUCGCGGUGGAGUGCUAUCAGAGGGAUUGUGGCAUGUGAUUGAGAAGGAGGGUGUUGUGGCAGGCAUGCUAGCUGAAGCGGAGGGUGCAUCUGGCCAAUUCCCGGGGAUGAAAUCCCGAGCUGGUAAGGAUGAACAGGAUAAGAAAGAUGAUCAGAGUGAGACAAAUAUGCCCGUUGCAUCGGGCAUUGGCCGCCAUGCCAGUGCUGCCGCGUGGGCCGUCGAGGGCGUGUGGCUGUGGCAGAAGGGCGGUGGUGGUGACCGUGGGUUACUGAAGGAGGGUCAGAUUCGGUCUCAGUAG